AUGGGUGUUUUGAAUGAUCCGAUUUAUCGACCAUUAUCAAGUAAGAUUUGUUUUCUUUUAGUAAAUAAUCUUAUUCCUUGCUUUUGUUUAGUAACAUAUAUUGAAUAUCAAGAAGGAGAUAAAAUUGGUUUUAUUUUGGCAUGGUUUUCCAUGCUACCAUUUAUUUAUAUUGUUUCUCUAUGUACAUUAAUUCUAUUUCGACGCGACAUACAAACGAUAAUGUAUUUCGGUGGUUUUUGUGUAUCAGAAGUAAUCAUCANAACAUUAUUUAUACGAAUUCCAUCAAAUAGUCCCUCAGUUUAUUCAAUUUAUCGUUUGUUUCCAUUACCAGUAGUUACUAAUGAUAAUAAAUAUAUUUAUUCUGAUCUUCCAAAAACCAUAGGACUUAAUUCUGUUGAACAAACAUUAAUUAUGUGGAACAAUCAAUUUAAUAACAAUAAAUGCACAUUCUCACCUAUCGCUUUAUGUCACAUUACAUCUAUUUCAAUGUCAUUAUUGUCAUCGUCAUGUCUAUCUCAAUUAUUUGACGAUUACCACUCUGUUUCAAGUAUGUGUCAAGUAAGUCGAACACAAAAUAUUGAAAAAGCCGUAUUACGCAUUGAUGAUGGACUGUGGCUAUUUUAUAAUACGAAUCGUACAUUUUACUGUCAAGUUUAUUCGAAUCUAUUUCAAUUGACUGAAACUAUGUCAAUUGAUGCACCAGCCAUUGUACGUAUACCGUGUCAUAAGACAAAGAUAUGUCCGGAUUUUCAAUUACCUACCACAACGUGUAAAACAAAUCGAAUUAUCGUCACACCUGGUUUUGAGUUUAAUGUUAUAAAUUUACCUCAAUUUGUCGUGCCAAUUAAAAAAAUGGCACAAACGGUUAUGUCACUUCAUCAUAUACAGCUAGAGAAAUCAAUCAAAGAAUUGAUAUCGACUUUCUCAUUAAAACAAUCAAAUUUUCAAGACACACUUCGUGAAUUUGCAUUGUACAUUUUAUCCGGUGUAUGUUGCAUCUUCAUCAUGAUCUUCUUCUAUAUAUUCAAAUUAAUCAAAUAUAAAGUACUAAAACCAAUAAACAAUCUUGAUUGUCAAGUUCAAGGCAUUGUUAACUUUUCAUUUCCAUGA